AUGCUAGCCGAAAUAAACCCGUUCACCGACGCCGAAGACAACGACAUUGUCGACUUUCUCGUCAAACGAAUGUACUGCGAAGAGACGGGCGCCGUGAAGAAGAACGUGUUCAAAACGAACGAAGAUGGAAUGUGGCUGGAGAUGAAGGCGUUCACAAGGAGCCAGAGGCCUGCGGAUGAGCUCAAACAACGGGUUGUUAAUUUAUUGAUUAUUUCUCAGGUAAAAUUUCAAACUUUUCCAAGCGCCACUUAAGAAAUUCUCAGAAAAGUUUGAGAAUUGCUUAGAAAGGAUUGAGAAAGUUUUAGAAAAGUUUGAAAAAGUCUUGGAAAAGUUCUGAACCAAUGGUUCAAAGCCAGUUUUGAUGUCGAAACGUCUUUUUCCAGAUACCUCUCCGACCUGCUGCCCCGCUUCGCCACGUUGGAUGUGCAGUUUCGACAAGAAAUGCGAUCUGAUUUACGCGCUCGGACUGCCUAUCGCUCAACUGACGCAAGUGUGCGAAGAAAAAGAGCACCUGGAAGUUGAAAGUACGCCGCCGUCCUCGUUGGAAGCCAAUGAUGAUCUGGCGCUGUGGAAGUUUUUGUACGCGUUCUUCCGUCACUCGACGUCCGGAGAGAGUGGGAUACAAAAGUGGGAAAUGUUGACGGACGGGCAGGAGAACGCAUUCAAAAGCUAUGAGGAGCAAGUGUCUCUGCUGCAUCUGAUGCCGUUUCCGCUGAACAUCAAACUGUAUUUGAUGAGGGAACUGAAAGUACACGUGGAGCAGCCGUUCUUGGAAGAGUGAGUUCAGACGAGAAAACAUUUUGGGCCUAAAAUGUACAAUUUGUUAAAAAUUGAAGUGCUCACUAGGUUUAUCCAUUCUUUUCUGAAUAACUCUUUCAGAGAACGGAUUGAUCACUCUAGAGUUGUACUACGCAGUCGAGAUGCUAGUCGACAGACGAUUUCGGAACAGGCGAGGAAGAUCCAAGCAUGUUCAGAGCGCAAUUGCCAAAUUUCAGAGUUCGAAAACGAUUUAUUGAUAUUCUAA